UUAUCUUUUAAAUUUUAAUUUUCAGGUUUUCACAUAUUAUUUGCAUUAGAUAAUGUAAUUAACAAGUAUGGGCAUAAAUUAGUGAAGUGCUUGAAUAGGCUCCUCUGUAUUAGUGAUGAACAUAAAUUGAUUCAAGCAUUUUAUAGGAGACAAGUUACAUUAUUAGUUGAUUUUGUACUCAUCAUGUAUUGCACAGUUUAUUAUGUUUCACAUCAGUGUAUAGAUUAGCCUCUGAACCAAGCAAAUAAUUGGUUGACAAUGAAAUGCAAUUUCUUGUACUGAAUGUUAUAUUUGUUAGCUUUGGGGGCAAAGGUAGCACCCAGUAUGCCGUUAAGGGAUCACACAAAGAAUUUCCGCAGGAGCUUCUCCACGAAUUGAAACUCAUCUGUCAGGAUAACUUAUCACUUGAUUAUGAUGAAAGAUACCACCAUGGAAAACCACAAAACAGCUUUCAUAAGGCUGUUAAUAUCCCAGAUGUUAUCGUUUAUCCAAGAUCUGAAGAAGAAGUUUCCAAGAUUGUAAAAUCAUGUAACGACUAUAAGGUUCCUAUUGUACCUUAUGGUGGAGCUACAUCAAUUGAGGGUCACACCUUAUCGCCUCACGGAGGGGUUUGCAUUGACAUGUCAUUAAUGAAAAGAGUGAAGGCAUUACAUGUUGAUGACAUGGAUGUCAUUGUUGAGCCUGGAAUUGGAUGGAUGGAACUUAAUGAGUAUUUGGAACCUUAUGGUCUAUUUUUUCCACUUGAUCCAGGUCCUGGUGCAAGCAUUGGAGGCAUGUGUGCUACACGCUGCUCUGGGUCUUUAGCUGUGAGAUAUGGAACUAUGCGUGAUAAUGUGAUCAGUCUCAAGGUAGUUCUUGCCAAUGGAGAUAUUGUGAAGACUGCAUCUCGUGCUAGAAAGAGUGCUGCAGGGUAUGACCUGACCCGUUUGGUGAUUGGAAGUGAAGGAACACUUGGUGUUGUUACAGAAGUAACACUAAGACUUCAGAAAAUUCCCCAGCAUUCAGUGGUUGCCAUGUGCAAUUUCCCUUCUGUUAAGGAUGCAGCAGAUGUUGCUAUUGCCACUAUGAUGUCUGGUAUACAGGUGUCAAGAGUUGAGUUAUUGGAUGAAGUUCAGGUGAAAGCCAUCAAUGUUGCUAAUGGGAAGAAUUUCCCUGAAUGUCCAACGUUAAUGUUUGAAUUUAUAGGAACAGAGGCAUAUGCACGUGAGCAAACACAAAUUGUUCGGGGAAUUGUUUCUAAGCACAAUGGAUCGGACUUUGUAUUCGCGGAAGAACCUGAAGCUAAAAAAGAACUUUGGAAGGUAAGGAAGGAGGCACUUUGGGCUUGUUUUGCAAUGGAACCUAAUAUGGAGGCAAUGAUUUCGGAUGUAUGUGUUCCCUUAUCUCACCUUGCUGAUUUAAUUUCAAGGUCUAAAAAGGAGUUGGAUGCAUCACCACUGGUUUGCACGGUAAUUGCUCAUGCUGGGGACGGUAAUUUCCACACGGUAAUUCUCUUUGACCCUAGCCGAGAAGAACAUCGGAAGGAGGCAGAGAGACUCAACAGCUUUAUGGUUCAUGCUGCUUUGUCAUUGGAAGGAACUUGUACCGGUGAACAUGGUGUUGGAACUGGGAAAAUGAAGUACCUUGAAGAAGAACUGGGAGUGGAAGCAUUAAGGACAAUGAAGAAAAUAAAACAAGUGUUAGAUCCCAACAAUAUCAUGAAUCCCGGAAAGCUCAUCCCUCCCCAUGUUUGCUUGUAAUGAUAUAUCAUCAUUCACUCCAAGUAUGUUCUUCUCAAAUUCCAUAUCUGUAGAAUUCGCUUUUGUACCAUAUAAGGGCUUUAGUUUACUCUAUUGUUUUGUUCAUAAGAAAUGCUUCAUAGGCCAUUUGAUUUUGUGGUCUUAUGUUUCUCCUUUGUCUCAGGAAUUUCUGUAUAUCUACUUUUCAAGUGAGAAAAAUAAACAUGAAGUUAAGAGCUUCUCUUAUUUUGGGAA